AAGGAAACCUUCCUUUAUGGAUUUGCCAGUGCUUUGUUCACCUGCCAGCAUCCCCAAAGUCAGUGACCAUUUACCUGUGUACUAAGGCAUUGUGCUAAGUUCUGGGCAUACAAAGAAAAGCAAAAGGCAGUUCCUACCCACCCAGAGAGUUCACAGUCUAAUAUGGGAGAUGACAGGCAAACAACUAUGUACAAACAAGAUCUCAGAGGGGAGGCACAAGCAUGAAUGGGGAGUGAAAAAGACUUCUGUAGAAGCUGGGAUUUUAGCUGAGACUUGAACCCAGGAGUUGGAUGCAGAAGAGAAGAGAGUCCCAAGCAUGGAGAACAACCAGUAAAAGUGCAAUCUUGAGUUGGGAGUGCUUUGUGUGAAGAACAGGAAAUAAGCCAGAGGACUGGAUUUCAGAACCAUGGAGAGAGUACCUUUACAAGUACACCCAAGAAGAUCCAGCCAGUGACAGAAGCAUCAGUUAAACAAGAGAGCAAUGAGGACAGUGAUGAAGAUGAAAGUGAGGAUGAUUGGGAGGAGGUUGAAGAACUUAAAGAGUCUGUGCCAGAAGAAAUGGGAGAGACCACAGCCUCCUUAAAACCAAUUCUGUCUACCAAACCAGUGGAGAUAGAGAUUGAAACUCCAGAGCAGGCAAAGGAAAGAGAGAGAAGAGAAAAAAGGCAGAUAGAAUUUGAGACAUAUCUUCGGAGAAUGAUGAAACGCUUCAAUAAAGAAGUCCAUGAAGAUACACAUAAGGUGCACCUGCUUUGCCUGUUGGCAAAUGGUUUCUUUCGGAAUCACAUCUGUAAUGAGCCAGAUCUCCAGGCCAUCAGCCUCUCCAUCAUCCCAGCUCACUUUACCAGAGUGCUUCCUAGUAAAGUGGAUGUCCCUUACCUUUCAAACCUGGUAAAAUGGUUUAUUGCGACAUUUACUGUCAAUGCAGACCUUUCCACAGAUGAUCGAGACAACCUGCAGUCUACCUUAGCAAGGCGUUUUGCUAUUUAUUCAGCACGAGAUAAUGAAGAAUUGGUCCAUAUAUUUUUAUUGAUUCUACGGGCACUGCAGCUUCUGACUCGGCUGGUGUUAUCUCUGCAACCUAUCCCUUUGAAAUUGCCAGCUACAAAGGGCAAGAAAAACAGCUCCCUGAAGAGUUCUGGAAGUUCUUCUCAGCUCCCUAGCCAAAAGUCCCAAACCCAAAUCAGAUCAAAGACCAACAUGGGACAAAUGGCAGCCUCCUCUAAGAAGAGAGAAGAAAGCAAAAAAACAGAGCCUCAGAAGGCAGCAGUGGGCAGAAAAAAACAUGCACAGUCUUUUCCUAGUAAGAAAGAAGACAUGGUGACAGAGGAAGAAGGUACCCAGAAACCUGUAAGGGAAAGAAGGAGAACUUCAAAGGUAUCCUACAAAGAGGAGAGUGGGAGUGAUGGGAGUGAAAGCAGCUCUGAUUUUGAACUCUCCAGUGAGGAUGACAGUCACUUAUCUAAUGAGGAUUCUCAGCCUGGCCCUCAGAGACCAAGGAGGCCACCUCUAUCCCAGAAGACAAAGGCAGCAUCCAAGAGCAGCAGGAAGAAAAUCAGCUCAUCAGCAAAGAAUAAAGGAGGUGGCAGACAGCCCUGUACCCUUCUGGCAGCAUCUCCAGAGGCCACAGGCACCAGGAGGGGCAAGAUCAUUUCUAGUGAUGAAGAAGAAGAAGAAGAAAUUGGGAAAGCAGUUGGUGUGGAUCAGUGGCUAGAAGUGUUCUGUGAGGGGGCAGAUAAGUGGAUAUGCCUAGACUGUGUACAUGGCGUGGUGGGCCAGCCCUUGACCUGUUAUAAAUAUGCCACCAAGCCUUUAUCUUACAUUAUUGGUAUUGACAAUGAUGGUUGUGCCCGGGAUAUCACACAGCGCUAUGACCCAUACUGGAUGACAGCUACCCGAAAGUGCCGUGUAGAUUCAGAGUGGUGGGCUGAGACCUUGAGACCCUACCAGAGCCCUUUUGGGGCAAGAGAAGAUAAAGAAGAAAUGGAGUUUCAGGCAAAGCUACAGGCCCAGCCCUUACCAACUGCUAUUGGCAUGUAUAAGAAUCACCCUCUUUAUGCCUUGAAAAGACAUCUCCUGAAAUACGAGGCCAUAUACCCAGAGACUGCUGCUAUCCUUGGGUACUGUCGUGGGGAAGCUGUGUAUUCUAGGGACUGUGUUCACACUCUACACUCAAAGGAUACCUGGUUGAAGCAAGCAAGAGUGGUCAGGAUUGGGGAAAUUCCAUAUAAGAUGGUAAAGGGAUAUUCCAAUCGUGCCCGGAAGGCCCGUCUAGUGGAUCCCCAGUUCCGGGACCAAGAUGAUUUGGCUCUCUUUGGCCACUGGCAGACAGAGGAGUACCAGCCACCCGUGGCAGUGGAUGGGAAGGUCCCUCGGAAUGAAUUUGGAAAUGUUUACCUCUUCUUGCCCAGUAUGCUGCCCAUUGGCUGUGUCCAGCUCAAACUGCCCAACCUGCAUCGAGUGGCUCGAAAGCUGGAUAUUGACUGCGUGCAGGCUAUCACUGGCUUCGACUUCCAUGGUGGCUACUCGCAUCCUGUAACAGAUGGGUACAUUGUGUGUGAAGAACACAAGGAAGUGCUCUUGGCCGCCUGGGAAAAUGAACAAGCACUCAUUGAACAAAAGGAGAAAGAGAAAAGAGAGAAGAGAGCCCUAGGGCAUUGGAAGUUACUGGUGAAAGGACUCCUCAUAAGAGAGAGACUGAAGCGGCGCUUUGGUGACAAGGGCGAGGCCGCUGCAGCACCCCCAGAAGGAGGAGGAUUCUCAUCAGAUGAGGAAGGGACCAGCUCACAGGCAGCAGCCAAAAAUCUGGCUGCCUCCUGGCCCCAAAACCGAGAAACAGAAGAGCAGCAGAAACUGAGAGGAACGAGGAAGACGAAAAGGGAAAAAAGAGAGGAAGUCAAGCACCUGUUCCCUUUUGAAAAGUUGUAAUUCUGAGCAAAUGGCUCCCCCUCCCACCAUGGCCAGACGUUCCUCUGACUGCCCUGAAUCAUGGCAGUUAGGCAGUAGCUCUUGAGGUUUAAGUUGAGGAAAGGAAGAGUUGGUUCCAGAUCAACAGAGAUGGCUUAAGUGUGCUGCAGGACUGCUCCUUAGGCAGGGAUUCAGCCUUCACUUAACCCCUAAGCCAGUGAAGGGCAAACUUUUUAAAGAUGGGGCCAAAGCAAAGGAAAUGCUCCUC